GUUAUCAAACUUUGUCAAACAAGACUCAGGAAGUCAAAAUAAAACAUGGUCUCAUGCAGUGCUCAACGUUGUGGUGUUUAUGUGUUUACAUUGUUGGUUCUGUGUGGUAUAAUUGCUUACGCUGUUUAUAACUCGCUGAACACAAAUGUGCCGGACAACACACCGUCAUCAGGAGCCAGAGCUGUGCCUUCCCUUAGGUUUGUAGUAGUCAUUACCCGCCAUGGGAAUCGCAGACCACUUUUCUCCUUUCCUAAGGAACCGUAUCCGGAUAUAGACUGGGGCUGUGAAUUAGGAGAGAUUACAAAAGAAGGUAAACUCGAAAUGUACAAUUUGGGGCAGAAAGUCCGAUCACUCUACAAAGGAUUUAUUAACAACACUUAUUCUAGCAAUGAUUUUUAUGCGACAAGUACAGCGCUUGAACGAACUUUAGUGAGUGGAGAAGCUUUUCUUGCAGGACUGUAUCCUCCAUUAGGAAAUCAAAUUUGGAACAAAGACAUUGCUUGGCAGCCAAUCCCGAUUUAUACCGACUCCCCUGAUGGGUCUCAGAUAGGUCAUUAUCCUUGUCCACGUUACGUAAGUGAGAUUACAAAAACAUCUUCGAAAGUUUACGAGACAAAUAUGGACAUUGUCAAAAACGUUUCAGAUUACCUAAAUGAGUACAGUGGAGGCAACGCAUCUGCGCCUCACUACCUUUACAAUGUUUGGGACUCGCUCUCAACAGAUAAAAUAGAAGGUUUUGUUUUACCUGAGUGGACAAAACCAGUGUAUCCAGAACCAUUGAGCUACAUAAUUGGACAAUUGUUCAUUGCGAUGUCAGCCGGCACUGAUACCAUCACAAGAAUCGUCUCAGGCGAAUUGAUAAUCCAAAUGAUCGGCUUGAUGGAGGAAAAGAUAAACAGCACAUUGACUCCGGACUACAAGAUGUACUACUACUCAGCUCAUGAUAUGACUAUUGUGGCUCUACAAGCUAUACUGGGGAUUCCUUGGGAUGACAUCAAUGGACUGAUCAACCCAGGAUCUGCGAUGAUUUGGGAGUUGCAUCAAGACUCGUCAGCCAACUACUACGUCCAAGUGUUGUACAUAGACGGACUGUCACCUGAUCUCCAGCCUGUAGCAGUGAACACCACAGGGUGUCCAAACACGUCCUGCUCGUUCCCAAUGUUGUUGAAUGUCACUGCAAAGUUCCGUAACUUCACCUCCGUACACGAUGAGUGUUAUAGCACAGACUAAUGUUUGAUUGAAUGUUAGGCCGAAAAUACUUUUGGCCUCAAGUAUUAAUUCAAUCUAUAGUACCAGCUUUUGCAGUUAUAACACUGUAAUUUUUGAUCACUUGAAUCUGUUAAUAUUCCAAGAAUAUAAACAUUUUAUUUUCAUCCUGGACUUUUUGUUUUCCUGCAUCAUUAAAAACCAGCAAUACUGGUAAGUCAUGAAUUUUUAGAAAUAGUUUUUGUGUUGUGAUACUAAAAGUUGUUGUGAUACUUUUUGCUACACAAUAAAAGGAAUGUUAAUGCAUUAACGGAAAA